GGGAGGCUGCCCACCACCGAGGCGGCGGUGGCGGCUAGAGCGGCCGGCGAGCUCGGGAGCCGUCGCCGCGCGGCCGUAGGGAACGCGCGCGGGGCGGGCCUGGCGCCCCUGGCCUCGUAGCCAUUUUAGGAGGAAACCCGGAUCUCUGGCGCGGGGCGCGGCUUCAAUUUCAAUAACUUUAUUGGUGGACGUAACCGCAGAACAGCCACCUCACGAGUGGCCAGGGGAGGAGGCAGAGCAUCGCGGGAGGCGGCCCCCGACUCGAGCUACAGCCAUGGGAAACACCACCAGCGACCGGGUGGCUGGCGAGCGCCACGGCGCCAAGGCUUCUCGCGCCGAGGGCGCCGGCGGCCACGCGCCGGGCAAGGAGCACAAGAUCAUGGUGGGGAGUACGGACGACCCCAGCGUCUUCAGCCUGCCGGACCCCAAGCUCCCUGGGGACAAAGAGUUUGUAUCAUGGCAACAGGAUUUGGAGGACUCCGUAAAGCCCACACAGCAGGCUCGGCCCACUGUUAUCCGAUGGUCUGAAGGAGGCAAAGAGGUCUUCAUCUCUGGGUCCUUCAACAAUUGGAGCACCAAGAUUCCACUGAUUAAGAGCCAUAAUGACUUUGUUGCCAUCUUAGACCUUCCUGAGGGAGAGCACCAGUACAAGUUUUUCGUGGAUGGACAGUGGGUUCAUGAUCCGUCAGAGCCUGUGGUUACCAGUCAGCUUGGCACAAUUAACAAUUUGAUCCAUGUCAAGAAAUCUGACUUUGAGGUGUUUGAUGCUUUAAAACUAGAUUCAAUGGAAAGCUCGGAGACAUCUUGUCGAGACCUUUCCAGCUCUCCCCCAGGGCCUUAUGGUCAAGAAAUGUAUGUAUUUCGAUCCGAGGAGAGAUUCAAAUCCCCACCCAUCCUACCUCCUCACCUUCUUCAAGUUAUUCUUAACAAGGACACUAAUAUUUCUUGUGACCCAGCCUUGCUUCCUGAGCCCAAUCAUGUUAUGCUAAACCAUCUCUAUGCAUUGUCCAUUAAGGUGGAUGUGAGCUGCUUUUGGGUUCUUCAGUCAUAUACACUCACUGGCUCCAUCGUUUUCUGCACCAGGACAGUGUGAUGGUCCUUAGUGCAACCCAUCGCUACAAGAAGAAGUAUGUCACUACUCUGCUGUACAAGCCUAUCUGAAGGGAUCCCUUCCUGCCUCCCAGGAUUUAAGAGAAGCACCUCCCUUGCCUUUCUGGACUGGAUCAGUCUUACUUAAGACUGGAAGGCUAAUUUGCUUUGAGGCUGAUAUGUGUGUUUCAGAGCCUUUGAGUAGGAUGCUCUGCUUUUGCAUUUGAUUGCAGACGAGAGCUUUAUGAGUUCAUGGAAUUUAUUUUUAAGAAAAAAAAUUAUAUAUAUAUAUAUAUAUAUAUAGACAUAUAUAUAUACAUCUAUGAGAGGAAAGUUAAUGGAAGCCUCCUAGCUAGAUGUGUUCUCUCUGCCUGUGGGGCCUCGCCAAGACCAGUUUGGGGGAGCUGCAGGAAGAACCAUUAAAGGAAGCUUUUUUCCUAGAAUGAAUGAAGAGCCAACUCUCAGGAUCCUUGUUGGGUAGAGAUUCUACUGCUACCUUAGCUUUCCAAGGGAUGGGCUCGUGCCAGACAUCUGCCCUCCUUUCAGGGGCAGCUUUUCUUGCAUGGGUUCUCUGUAUUCCUAGAGUAUGUGGCACAACCUGUGCUUUUUAUACCAGAUGCCCCGCAGGAACCCUUUUUCUUUUCAUUUCACUUCACUUCUUGCUUUGAUAACCUUCAGAUCAUUAUCCCUUUCCUAACACAAAACUCACUGGCAAGUGACCCAUUCUUCCAAAGCUAUGUGAGACGUGACCUACAGCACAGACUAGGGCUGACAGAAAGUCUCCUUUUCUGCCCAGCAUAGGCCUGGGCCACUUUGUUACCACUUGUUUUAACUCCUAAUAAGGAAAAUAUGUCUCAGCAUUAUAGGAAAGACAGAGUGCAGAAGGUUGACUUCCUUGUUUUAGCUUAGUGCCAUCACGGCUCAGGCUGUCCCAGCGCAUUUCCAUAGGUUUUCCCACCAGGCCUGGCCCUGCUUCCAUAUUUUCUUUCACAGGUAGCAUUGAGGGUAGGAGUGAAACCAAGGAAAACUUUAAUGUCUUUCAUCCUUGGGAGAUUUUUAUGUGCCUACAAUUUUCUUUAAUUAAAAAAUGCCUUUUCAUUGUUCUUAAGAGACCGAAUAGGGAAAUUUUAGGCUCUUGAUAAAUGGUUCCCAAGAUUUUCUUCAACAAGAAAGUAGUAAGUAGUCUGCAGUAGCCUUCUGCAAUCUGACAUUAAUGUGGCCAACCCUGUGCAUGUCACUAUGCUGAACACUGUUCUAGAUACAAAUUCAGGCUCAUUUGGUGCCCCUAAAAAGAUCCUUCAACUUAGAGACUCAAUAGGCCAAGAAGCAAGAAAGUCCCCCCAGGAUUCCUAACCAUGAACAUUAUUGCUUCCCUGCACCAAGUACAAACGGGAUCGUUUUGUUUUUCUCUUUUUUAAAAGUGUUUGAUGAAGAAGUGGGGUCAAUGAUUUUCAUUUGUGGAAUGAAGAGUAGCUAUCCAGUCCACUCCUGGGGUUCAGAGAUAAAACUUUUUCCCAAGUAUCUGUGGCUCUUCCAUUACAGAUAAAUGCAAAUCAAAACACUUAACACUGAAGGAGGCCAAACUUGAUGCUCAAGAGAUACCUGGACUGUUAGGAUGUGUCCAGCCACACCAAAAGGGCACCCAUAGGUCAGUUUAGCUACCUCCUGUCUUUCCUAUUUAAAGCUGAUUAUACAGUUAUCUUUAUACAUCCCCUUAGAUGCUGGGAUGGAGGCAGUAGGGCACUGGGGUUGUUUUGCUGGGAAUGUAAAUUGCUGAGUGCUUUGAGGGUUACCUGAUGAGAGUAGGUACUGCUUUAGCCACUCAAGGACCCUUCUGCAGUAAAAAGCUCUUGUGGGAAACCUUUUAGGGUCCCAAGCACUUUUUGAGUGGUGUGUUAUUUUAAAAAUCCAGGCCGAAUCCUAAUGUACUCUCAGGAUCUACAUUGUCUUUAGUUAUACUAUUGUUUUUUCCAAUACCCAUUAAAUAAGUGGGCCACUUAGGAGAAUUCAUAUUCUUGUUACAUGGAGGAUUUUGUUACACUACUAUUUCUUGUCAACAGUAUUGAAGUGUAAUUGCCUAUGUGUUCUGUAUUAAAAUUUUUACACAUAUGUAUCAGUAGAGUGGGACAGGAAAAGUUUCUCAGGCAAGAGGCUUCUGUGAACUAGCUCUGGCUCCAGUGACACUAGGUCUUGGUGCUUGUAGUCUUCAUAUCUUCCAAAUCUGGAUAUGUGCAAAAAGGGUCAGUCUUCUAAAUUCUUAGGUAAUCUCCCAGCCAAAUGUGAAAUGAGAGCCUACCAGCCAGUAUAGUAGAAGACUGGCAAGGGCAACUGGAUGAUGCCUCCUUCAGCACUAUUCCUUCUCUGCCCUGCUAAUAUACCCUAUGGCCCUGAGAAGCCCUAUCACACAUAGUCUGUCCCUAAGAAACGGUUCCAGAAGGUAGAGAGGGAAAGAGGAAGGUAGCUCAGAGUACAACCAACUCAUUCUUUUAUGUUAGUUAAAGGGAUAGUUUAUUUUCUGCAGAAGAGAGCUUGGCAGAUUUUGAAAAUGAAUAAAGGCAGGAAAAAAAAAAAACCCUGCUCUUUUAGCCUUUAAAAAAAGUUUACUUUUCUGUGGGUGUUUUUGCUUAUAGGAGUUUCACAGAGUCAAAGAAGAGUUAGAAAAUCACUCUUUAGGAGGGCUAACCCUUCAAGGACUGCAGCAUGAUUUGGGGGUUGUGGGGAAAAGGAAGAGUGACUGAGCUGAGGAAGAUAACUAGAAAAUUAAAGGCUUAACUCAGAACUAAAAAUAGCCUUUUUGUUGUUAAUUAAAUGAUAUAUAUCAUACUGGUAUCCUUGUAUCUCCUUGUACAGAACCUACUGUAUAAAGCAUCCCGUUGUCUCUUUUUCCUUGUCUCUACCCUUCUAUAUUCUGCUUUACCUUCGUUUGUAAAACUGACUUUACUAGGGUCUCAGGUCAAACAUUACCUAAAACAAAUGUUAGUCAUUUUGCUGGUAAUGGUCAUGGUUAUUAGCUUGCAUGAAGCUUAGAGUUGAAUGGGAUUGGGUCACUCUGUAACUCCCACUAUGGGCAAACCUGGCCUCGAGUGUUGGCUUUUUUUUUUUUUAACAAUGCUUAUAUGGUAGAGAAACCCUGUAAAAGAAGAAUCCAAGAAGAGAUUCUGAGAGAAUCAUACAAACCCAGGCCUCCCUACAAUUAUUUCUUGUCUCUUGUAUACCUAGUGGAUCUGAGAGAAAACCUUUGCAAAGUGUCAGUACUCUGUGUAUGCUGCUAAAAUGAAGUUAAGUUGGAAUGAAGUGUUACCUCCAGACUGUGGUUAUAUUAAUCUGGGUAUAAAUGAAGGAGACAUACUAAUGAUAGAAAUCCCUGCUUCUAACUGGGGAAAUAGGGCUUUUAAAAUUUUGACCUCAUAUGCAAUGAUAUGCAAUAGUCUAUGUUGUAUGUGUUUGAAAGAUAUUCUCAGAGAUUUCUAAGUCCUCAUGUUCUAGUGAUUCGGGGCAUAGGCUUAUGAGCAGAUAACACAGUUUGUUCGCACAUUAUUUGGGCUCAUCCUUACAGCCAAGUCCUUGUGGUCUUCUAUCGGGGACUGCUAGCUCCCAUGGGAUAGAGCACCUGGGAGUGGUAGGGGUUACGGAGACUCUAGAUCUAGGCAUUUGUUUCUCCAUAAGCACCCAUCAUAGUGGAAGUUGAGGGGCUCUUGUUUCUGCAGUGAACCCAAAUUUCUGGAGUAAAAGGGCCAAAUCUAUUCUUUAAAACUAUAAGAAGAAAGAAAAGAGAGAGACAGAAAUCUCAAGAGUCUGUUACUUAAGAAAUCCAAUUCUUAGCAAUGGAAUCCCUAUAGGAUUCAAAUGUGGACUUUGUCUUGAUUUGCUUUUCUCUAUUGUGCUUUGAAGUGAUUUGUUUCAUUAAAAAUGAAGUCUUUUAUUAGUUCCAACACUAGUUGGAGUUGAAUUAAUUGUGUGUAGCACAGUGCUUUUGCAGGAAGAUUGCUGUGAAAUGCCAAACACUGGAUUUUGUAGUCAGGUUAAAUGGUCGAAGGAUACCUACCUACCAUAAGUAUUAUAUUAUGUAUUUGAUCAGAUCAUCUUCUUUUCUUUUCCUAUUCACUGAACAUUUACCUACCUAGGUUACAGUUUUAGAACAGCCAAAGCUCACUGAUGUCAGUUAGUCCUAAUCUCCACACUGGGCCCCAUAUGUGAGACUUGUUUGAAUUUUGGUAGAUUGGAGGAUGCUAGUUAUUAUUUCACUGAAGCAUUUUGGAUGAGUGCAGCUCUGUCAUAAAAGGGGAAUAAGACUAUAAUUUGGAAGAGAAUUAAAUACGUGAAUCCUCCUUUAAAUGGUGCUUUUUGUAACCUUUAAGUGCUGAGGUACAGAGCUGCUUCUUGGUAUUCCACAAAGGAUUGGCAUACAAGAAUGGAUUUUAAAGCUUUUCCCCAAAUGUAAUUUGUUACUGGACUAUGUGAUGUAACACAUACAGAAAUGUGAGGUUUUUUUUCCCAUAAAACUGUUGAAUAAAGUAUUAUACAGCAAUAAUA